AUGAUAAACUCCCUCAAGUUCGUCAUUGCCCUCUUCAUCAUCAACAUCAUACAUUACAACACAAUAUCGUCAUCAGAUGCAGAAACCUCAACAAUAUACUUGGGUUCCAAUAACAUCGUUGAACUCGGAGAAGACACCUUCCGGAAUCUCUCCAGUUUAAUAUAUCUAGUUUUGGAUUUUAAUUACAUUGAGGAAAUCAAAGAAUUUACCUUCCGACAUCUAUCCAGCGUACAAUAUCUGAAUUUGAAUGGUAAUAAUCUGAAAGAAAUCAAAUUAGACACAUUCCGAAGUCUUUCCAGGUUAAGAAAACUACGCUUGGCUGAAAAUAAUAUCGACAAAAUUCAAGUAGGAACUUUCGAUGAUCUUCCCAGUUUAACAUAUCUGAAUUUGCGUGGUAAUAAAAUCAAAGAAAUCGAAGUAGAAACAUUCCGAAAUCUUUCCACUUGA